AUGAUCCUACGCGGACAUAAGAAGGGUGUUACCGCAGUAAAGUUUUCCCCCGACGGCCGCUGGAUAGCAAGCUCCUCCGCAGACUGCACCGUCAAGAUCUGGGACGCCAAAACCGGUGCCCUCGAACACACGCUCGAAGGCCACCUCGCGGGCGUAUCAACCAUAUCCUGGUCGCCCGACUCAAAAAUCCUCGCGUCUGGCUCGGAUGACAAGUCGAUACGACUAUGGGACAUAUCAACAGGCAUGGCGCACCCUACACCUUUCAUCGGCCACCACAACUACGUCUACGCCAUCGCCUUCUCGCCCAAAGGUAACAUGCUAGUCAGCGGCUCCUACGACGAAGCUGUGUUCCUUUGGGAUGUACGAGCUGCGCGUGUGAUGCGCUCUUUACCUGCGCAUUCUGACCCGGUUGGCGGUGUCGACUUCGUGCGCGACGGCACGCUUAUCACGAGUUGUUCGCACGAUGGCUUGAUAAGAGUGUGGGAUACGAGUACAGGCCAGUGUCUGCGUACGCUCGUCCAUGAGGACAACGCGCCAGUGACGUCGGUCAUUUUCUCGCCGAACGGAAAGUAUGUGCUAGCCUGGACUUUAGACUCGUGUAUUCGGUUGUGGAAUUACAUAGAAGGAAAGGGCAAGUGUGUGAAGACAUACCAGGGUCACGCGAACAAGAAACACAGUCUCGCUGGCGCGUUUGGAACGUACGGGGCUGAGCCGCCGUACGAGUACGCGUUCAUUGUCUCUGGGAGUGAGGAGGGAAGCAUAAUACUGUGGGACGUAAGCACGAAGAAUGUGUUACAAAGGCUCGAGGGAGGGCACACGGAAACUGUGCUGUCCGUUGACACGCAUCCUACGGAGAAGCUCAUUGUGAGUGGAGGCAUGGACAGGACGGUGCGCGUUUGGAGGGAGACCGCUCCGCCGCCGGAGUCUGUCCUGGAACCUCCUGCAGAUGCAGGCACACCCGCCAACGGCUACGACCCCGAGACUCUUCCCCCGAACCCGUUCGCCGAAGGCUGA